UGGAUGGAGCCAUUAGGCCAGAAACAAUCUUGCACUAUGGCAGGAAAAGAGGGGUUCCUCUCCCUGGCAACACUGUGGAUGACCUCCUGAAGCAUGUCAGUUACAAAACCCCCCUGACAUUCACCAAGUUUCUCGAGAAGUUCAAUCAUUACAUGCCUGCCAUUGCGGGUGACCGUGAGGCGGUGCGCAGGAUCGCCUACGAGCUGGUGGAGACCAAGGCGAAGGAAGGCGUCGUCUACGUGGAGGUCCGGUACAGCCCUCACCUGCUGGCCAACUGCCGAGUGGACCCCAUCCCCUGGGGCCAAGCUGAGGGAGACCUCACUCCAGAUGAAGUGGUUAACCUCGUAAAUCAGGGCCUGCAGGAUGGAGAAAGGGAUUUCCACAUCAAAGCCAGGUCUAUUCUAUGCUGCAUGCGCCAUAUGCCAAGCUGGUCUCCAGAGGUGGUGGAGCUCUGCAAGAAGUAUCAAAACAACUCUGUGGUGGCCAUCGACCUGGCUGGGGAUGAGUGCCUGAAGGUGGAGAACUCCUCUGAGCACAAGGCAGCCUAUGAGGAAGCUGAAAGAUGUGGGAUUCAUCGCACCGUCCAUGCAGGGGAGGUCGGUCCACCUGCCAUGAUCAAGGAGGCAGUUUAUCUCCUGAAGGCUGAGCGCAUUGGCCAUGGCUACCAUGUCUUGGAGGACCUUGAGCUCUACAAGGAGCUGUUGAAAGCUAAGAUGCAUUUUGAGGUCUGCCCCUGGUCCAGCUAUCUCACUGGAGCAUGCCUUCCAGACUUCAGGAAACACCCAGCAGUGCAGUUUAGGAAGGAUCAAGCUAACUUUUCUAUAAACACAGAUGACCCCCUAAUCUUCAACUCCACCAUUGACAAGGAUUACAGCAUAGUGAAGGACUACAUGGGCUUCACUGAGGAGGAGUUCAAGAGAGUGAACCUCAAUGCAGCUCGGUCCAGCUUCUUGCCUGAGAAGGAAAAGCAGGAGCUGCUCAACACGCUGUAUGAAGCCUAUGGGAUGGUCCCCAACAUAUCCUGACCCAUCCCUGGGAGCCAGCACGGAGCAGUGGUCCCUCUGCCUGUGGGUGACUCUCCUCUGUGCUAUGGGAGCACCAGAAGAAGGUGCCCAGAGUCGGUCUCUCUUCCUGGCAGCCCUGCAUUAACCCUUACAGUGCUGAGCAGAAUCAGGCCGUCACAUACACCUACCUACCAAACACCCCCCAAAACUCUCUCCCAAAUGCACCUCCAACUUCCUAUGAUGCAAACAGACAGCAACUGCCUCCUAGCCUGACUCCCUUCUCCAUCUGCCAGUCUUUCUGUACUGCAAGUGAGAACAGAAGAACCUCUCCUGCUUCUUUUCCCUCUCUUCCCUGUCCUGUCUCACUGACCUGCCUUGUCUGCAGUGCAGAAAUAACCACCUCUAACUGUGACUGUGGCCCAUGUUCAUCUCCUCCUUCCUCCUUUGUGUGAGUGCUGACAGGGCUGAGCAGGCACCUCACAAAUGGAGCCUUUAUUCCUGGCCCUGGGCUAGGAGGUUUUGGCCACAGCUGUAUUUACCCAGGGUUAGUCUUGUACUAACAUGCCUGGAACGAGAAGAGGCUGGCAGCUGGUGCCCUGCCCGUGCACAGCUCUG